CUAAUUUUUCACCCAAUACUACUUAUUUUUUCAAAACCCUCCUACCUCGAAACUCUAAAAAAAAAACCUAACAAAACACACCAGUUCAAUAAGCACCGCAUAUUUUUUCUACUUCUUCUACAAAAAUGCCUCCUCAAACUCCAACAACACCAAACAAAUUUUAUUUCUACUAUGGUCACCGCAAACCUUCCCAAAACCGCCCUACAGUACGCGGCGGCCUUUUCUCCAAUCGCCAAACUCUCACUCCUCCCAAACCUAAAACCAGCAAACAAACUAACCAUUUCCAAAUCCAAAAAUGGGACCCACACUUUCUCUCCCACUCAUACUCCCCACCACCACCACCGUCCCCGGAGGCAUCAUUCUCCGCCUCCAUCCGCCUCUCCCCAAUCGCAAGAUUCAUCAUCGACGCCUUCCGCAAAAACGAUAACAAAUGGGGCCCCACCGUUGUAACUGAACUCAACAAACUCCGCCGGGUUACUCCCACCCUAGUCGCCGAGGUGCUUAAAGUCCAAACUAACCCUAACAUCGCUUUCAAGUUUUUUCGCUGGGUAGAGAAACAGAAAGGUUAUCACCAUAAUUUCGCCUCCUUCAACGCCUUCGCCUAUUGCCUUAACCGUGCCAACCAUUUCCGUGCCGCGGAUAAUCUCCCUGAGCUGAUGGACGCUCAGGGAAAGCCUCCGUCGGAGAAGCAGUUUGAGAUAUUAAUUCGAAUGCAUUCAGAUGCCGGGAGAGGUCUUAGGGUUUAUCAUGUUUAUGAUAAGAUGAGGAACAAGUUUGGUGUGAAACCUAGGGUGUUUUUGUAUAAUAGGAUUAUGGAUGCUUUGGUUAAGACUGGGCAUUUGGAUUUGGCGUUGGCAGUUUAUGGUGAUUUUAGGGAGGAUGGAUUGGUUGAAGAGAGUGUUACUUUUAUGAUUUUGAUUAAGGGAUUGUGUAAGGCUGGGAAAAUUGAUGAGAUGUUAGAGGUUUUGGGAAGGAUGAGGAAGAAAUUGUGUAAACCGGAUGUGUUUGCGUAUACUGCUUUGGUUCGGAUUAUGCUUCUGGAGGGGAAUUUAGACGGUUGUUUGAGGAUUUGGGAGGAAAUGAAGAGAGAUAUAGUUGAGCCGGAUGUCAUGGCAUAUGGUACUAUCAUUGGUGGUUUGGCUAAAGGGGGAAGGGUUUUGGAAGGUUAUGAGUUGUUCAAGGAGAUGAAGAGUAAGGGUCAUUUGAUAGAUAGAGCAAUAUAUGGAUCGUUGGUUGAGUCAUUUGUGGCGGGGAAUAAGGUUGGUUUGGCCUUUGAUUUGUUGAAGGAUGUGGUGAGCUUGGGAUACCGGGCUGAUUUGGGGAUUUAUAAUAACCUUAUUGAAGGUUUGUGCAAUAUGAAUAAGGUUGAGAAGGCCUACAAGCUUUUCCAAGUUACUAUUCAGGAGGGUCUUGAGCCAGACUUCUUGACUGUAAAACCGUUAUUGUUGGCUUAUGCCGAAAAGAAACGAAUGGAAGAAUUUAUUAAGUUGCUCGAGAAGAUGGGGAAAUUGGGAUUUUCGGUUAUUGAUAAUCUCUCCAAAUUCUUCUCCCAUUUGGUUGAAAAGAAAGGACCGGUAUUGACACUAGAGGUAUUUACACACUUGAAAGAAAGAGGUUAUGUUAGUAUCGAAAUAUACAGUAUUGUUAUGGAUUCUCUUCACUUGAGUGGUGAGGUGGUGAAAGCAUUAUCACUCUUUGAUGAAAUAAAGGGCUCAGACUUGAAGCCGGACUCAUCUAUAUAUAACAUAGCUAUUCUUUGCUAUGUUGAUCGAGGUGAAUUUAAGGAGGCAUGUGUAUGUCAUAAUAAAAUCAUUGAGAUGUCUUGCAUUCCUUCUGUGGCUGCUUAUUGUUGCCUUGCUAAAGGACUUUGCGAAAUUGGAGAGAUUGAUGAAGCUAUGAUGCUUGUUAGAGAUUGCUUAGGCAAUGUUGCUAGUGGACCUAUGGAAUUUAAGUAUUGUCUUACCAUUCUUCACAUUUGCAAGUCAAAUGAUGCAGAAAAGGUGAUCAGUGUAUUAAAUGAGAUGAUGCAACAAGGUUGCUCGUUAGGCAAUGUUGUAUGUUCUGCAAUCAUCUCUGGCUUGUGCAAGUAUGGAACAAUUGAAGAGGCCAGAAAGGUUUUCUCAAAUCUGAGGGAGCGCAAAUUGUUGACCGAAUCUGACACAAUUGUGUACGACGAAUUACUAAUUGAUCACAUGAAGAAAAAGACAGCAGACUUGGUAAUAUCUGGAUUGAAGUUCUUUGGUCUAGAAUCUAAACUAAAGUCCAAGGGUUGUAAGCUAUUGCCAGAUUGAAAUUCGGCGUGGAGACCAAUUGAUUCCUUCUCUUUGAACAUGCAUAAUGAUGCUGCCUGCCUGAACACCAUUUUGGAGAGGUUGACCAUUGUUUUUAUUGACUUCUCCUCUAGCAUCAUCAUCCAAUAUCUGAUAUAGCCGUGGAUGUGAACACUUAACAUAUUACAAAGAAUUAGCCACAUGUUGCCGGACCUUGUUGCAUACUCUAUACUAUUGGACUGUUGUACUACGGAGGUCAUCUGUUCUGGGUUGCACAGAUUGGAUCAUGUAACACAUAUUGUCUCAUUUGAAAGGUCACUCAAAUUCAAAUCAUAGUAUAAGCUCAUACUUGCUUUGUGGGGGUAUUUGGAAAUUUGAGUAUCAUUUUUGUGUUGUUUUCCUAUGUAAAACUUUGAAAACAGGAUACAGUGUAAACAAGGCGACACUUUUGUAAUUAAAACUUAAACCAGAAAGCUUUUUGAAAUCAAUUAGGCCCUUAGCUUCUUGUUCUAAUGUUGAAGUAGGAUAUCUGGAUACGCAGUGUCCACUGUUGGAUUUCAAUGUUAGCCAUUUGCAUGUAUAUAAUAAUUUUUAUUUUACCUUGGUUA